AUGUUUGAGUCAUUCAGUACCGCUUUUCCGGAACUUGUGGAAUUUGAUUACGCGACAAAUGGUACGCAAAGCGUUUUGCCGGAAUUGUUGGAUGCCGAGUCGCAGGAUUUCGGGAGUAGCUUCUGGCAGCAGAACAGCAUUACGCAGCACUUUUCGGUCGGUGUUUUAUAUCCAAGUGUUGUGUUUGUUGAGACUGCAGAAGGCAGCAACGUGUAUGAUGCACACAUCUACGGAACUUCUUCUGGGUUGCGCACAGACUUUGGGUGUACCAACGAAAACUGCAGUGGCGUUAGCUCUGCCUGCACUCACAGCUGUGCUUGUCCUACGGAAGAAGAGAUUUUUGAAGAAAUUGCGCGUGAAUGCGGUGAGCUUGAGAGACGAUCACUCAUUGUUCAAGGUGCACCUUCCGAUUCGAAUUUACCAGCAGCAUUGAGCGAACAUAGCUGCUACGCGUCAGAGUUACCAGCGGUGAGCUCGAAGGGAGCAGUACGUGAGCACCUGAAUGAGAAGCCUGUACGCGGUGUUGAAAAAAGAAAGGAGCGGAAUCGUGCAGCAGCGCUACGGUAUCGAGAGCGGAAAAAGUGGGAACGCGAAAUUCAUUUGAAUCUCGUCGGGGAGCUUCUCAUGAAAAAUGACUUCCUGAAGACUAAGUUUCUUAUCUCAUUUACGAUUCUUGCUGCGUUUGUUGCCUGCAAACUUGUUAUAACCAUGUGUAGCUCUGCUGUUGUGCUCGAGUUGUUUGAAUGCGCCCGAGGUGACGACUUGUUCCGCAAGUCAACGGUUGAGCAAUAUGACAGCGAUGCUGGCUGUUACCAAACCAGCACGAUUUUAACAAAAGGAAGGCUGUUACCGAGCUUGUUCGUUAUUGAAUAUCAGCCAUUGUACUGCAGCACGAAGAAGGCUUCCGAAAAUUCAUCAGCAAAGCAAGCCCGUGCAACGAUGAUGAGCAUAUUGCUGUUAGGAAAAGUAUCGUGCGAUUUGAGAGGAAUUAUCAUGACCGGUGAAAUCAAACACACGGCAGAACGGGCCUGGAAAGAGCAUUUUAACAGAAGGGCGCUUGAAGGCAAAUGGGCCACCGAAAUCGAACUUUGCACUUCGACAUCAGUGCUGUUCGCAGAUGUCCGGACAUAUCUUGAUGGCAAGUGA